GCCAGGGUUUUACACGGAUCUUUCACACCUUACCCAUCCAAUCACCCAGUUCCCCGGUGAGUGGGAGUCAGCUGUUCUGAUUACACCCGAGCUCCCCUCAUUAGUGGGGGUUUGAGACUCAACAACCCGCGCAGUUUGUGCAUCCACCCUCACGCUCCCCCAACCCCAGUCCUGCUCAAGACAGGGCCACGUCUGCCCCCCAACUGGGUUUCCUCCCAGACAGCCACUCCACCACUUUCUGAUCAGCACCUCUCCUUAACCGUUUGGUUGCACAGGCCUCUGGGGAGCCGGUUCUUAUUUCUGACAGGUCCCUUCUUUUCCUUCAAACUCUAGCCCCAGAGGAGGUGGGGGUAAAGAAGAGAUAAGGAUCACUGCUCUCACAGGACAGAAAGGGUCUGUCUUCUCCUGGGCUCUUCAGACAACCCCGGGCUUCCUUCCUCAAAUCACGCCAGCUCCCAGCUGGCACUUGCUGGCUGAAAUGUAUCAAAAUGUUCCGCUUUUAGCCCGAGGUUUGGCUCCAUAGAAGGAGCACUGCAGCCGGAGUCAGAGGGCAUGGUCUUGCCAGCUUCUGACUGUGUCUUCGAACCACUUCUCCAGUUCCUCGGGCCUGAGCUCCUCCCCUGUGCGAUGGGAAGAGAAAGGGAAGCGAAAGCUCCCCUGGGGGAUCUCGAGGGACAUUCUGGGAGUCUACAGAGGUGGCAGCUCUGCGGGUCUCCCAGCCCUGGACGCCCGCCCCCCCCCCCCCGCCCCUUAUAGGCGGCCCCUCUCCCUGGAUCCAGGGCGCCCCAUGCACCCAGCAUCCGCGUCCCUCCCUCCCGACCCCCCAAGUCCUUGGGUCCGCUAUAUUCUUCCUCGUCAAACGGACACUUUCGCCCGUCCCCGCAGCAGCAGAGGAGCCUCAAGAUUCGAGCAGGACCGCCGCUAGCCAGAAAGAACAAAAAGGAUCAUGGGAGACUGCCUUGACCUUCUCUUAGGAGUUGUACUCCUGACCAGUCCUGCACUUGGAAUUUCUUCCUGCUUCUUCGAUGGUUGGAGAGCCAUCUAUCUUUCCUGCAACCUCACCCAAGUGCCCCAGGUCCCCAACACCACCAAGAGCCUCCUGCUCAGCUUCAACUAUAUCAGGACAGUCACAACCGCAUCCUUCCCCUUCCUGGAGCAGUUGCAGCUGCUGGAGCUGGGAACUCAGUUUACCCCCUUGACCAUUUACAGAGAAGCCUUCCGAAACCUGCCCAAUCUCAGGAUCCUAGACCUGGGUGGAAGUCAGAUAGACUUCUUGCAUCCAGAUGCUUUUCAGGGACUGCCCCACCUCACUGAACUUCGACUGUUUUUCUGUGGUCUCUCCGAUGCUGUAUUAAAAGAUGGUUAUUUCAGAAAUUUGGCAUCUUUGACUCACUUGGACCUAUCCAAAAAUAAAAUUCAAAGUCUUUACCUUCAUCCCUCAUUCCGGGAACUGAAUUCCUUGAAGUCCAUUGAUUUUUCCCUCAACCAAAUACCUAUUGUAUGUGAGCAGGAGUUCAAACCCCUCCAAGGGAAAACACUCUCCUUCUUAAGCCUUGCUGAUAACCACCUGUACAGCAGGGUCUCAGUGGACUGGAAGAAGUGUCUGAACCCAUUCAGAAACAUGGUCCUGGAAACCCUAGAUGUUUCUGGCAAUGGCUGGGGGGUGGACAUCAUGAGAAACUUCAGCAAUGCCAUCAAUGGGAGCCAGAUUUUCUCUUUGGUUCUUACUCAUCACAUUAUGGGUUCUUCAUUUGGCUUCUCCAACCUGAAGGAUCCUGACUACCACACCUUUGCUGGGCUGGCCAGGAGCUCGAUGAUACAGCUGGACAUUUCACAUGGGUAUAUCUUCUCCCUGAACUUCCGAGUCUUUGAGACACUCCAGGAGCUGAAGGAACUAAACCUCGCCUACAACAAGAUAAACAGUAUUUCGAGGAAUGCGUUUUAUGGACUCGACAACCUCCAAGUUCUCAAUAUAUCAUAUAACCUUCUUGGGGAAUUAUAUAAUUAUGAUUUCGAUGGACUACCUAAGGUGGCCUAUAUUGACCUGCAGAAGAAUCACAUUGGGAUCAUUCAGGACAAAACAUUCAAAUUCCUGGGGAAAUUAAAUACCUUGGACCUCCGGGAUAAUGCUCUUAAAACAAUUUAUUUUCUUCCAAGCAUUCCUAAUAUCUUCUUAAGUGGCAAUAAGCUGAUGACUUUGCCAAAUAUCCCACUUACAGCCAAUUUCAUCCAAUUAUCAGAGAAUAGGCUAGAAAAUCUGAAUGAUCUCUACUUCCUUCUCCAGGUACCUCAUCUCCAGAUUCUCAUUUUAAAUCAAAAUCGCUUUUCCUUUUGUCACCAAAACCAUGCCCCUUCAGAGAAUUCCAGCCUAGAAAAGCUUUACCUUGGAGAAAAUAUGUUGCAACUUGCCUGGGAAACUGGGUCAUGUUGGGAUAUUUUUAAGGGGCUUUCUCAUCUCCAACUCCUCUAUCUAAAUAAAAACUACCUGAAUUUCCUUCCACCAGGAGUAUUUCAUCAUCUGACUGCACUGAGGGGACUCAGCCUCAAAGACAACAGGCUGACUGUUCUUUUUCCUGGCGACUUACCUGCUAACUUAGAGAUCCUGGAUAUAUCUGGAAACCAGCUCCUCUCUCCUGAUCCUGAUUUAUUUGCAUCACUGAGUGCCAUAGACAUAACUCAUAACAAUUUCAUCUGUGAGUGUGAACUUAGUGCUUUUAUCCAUUGGCUCAAUCAAACCAAUAUCACAAUAGCUGGAUCUCCAGCAGACAUGUACUGCAUGUACCCAAACUCUCUGGCUGGGGUUUCCAUUUACAGUCUUUCCACAGAAAGUUGUGAAGAAGAAGAAGUUUUAGAGUCCCUAAAGUUUUCCCUUUUCAUCUUGGUCACUGUCACCUUGACUGUGUUCCUCGUGAUCACCCUCACGGUUACUAAGUUCAGGGGGUUUUGGUUCAUCUGUUAUAAGAAAGCCCAGAGUCUGCUGUUCAAGGACCCCAUCAAGGGAAGAGAAUCAGAUAUGUACAAAUACGAUGCCUAUUUGUGCUUCAGUAGCAAAGACUUUGAAUGGGUGCAGAAUGCUUUGCUCAAACACCUGGAUGUCCAGUACAACAGCCAAAACAGAUUUAACCUGUGCUUUGAAGAAAGAGACUUUAUGCCUGGGGAAAACCACAUUGCCAACAUCCAGGAUGCCGUGUGGAGCAGCAGAAAGACUGUCUGUCUCGUGAGCAGACACUUCCUUAGAGACGGGUGGUGCCUCGAAGCCUUCAGUUAUGCCCAGAGCAGGUGCUUAGCUGACCUCAGUGGCGCCCUCAUCAUGGUGGUGGUGGGGUCCCUGUCCCAGUUCCAUCUGAUGAAGCAUCAGUCCAUCAGAGGGUUCGUCCAGAAACGGCAGUACUUGAGGUGGCCUGAGGAUCUCCAGGAUGUUGACUGGUUUCUCAAUAAACUCUCUCAAUGCAUUCUAAAGAAAGAAAAGGAAAGGAAGAAAGACAGUACUAUUCAGCUGCAAAAUGUAACCACCAUCUCCUAGGCAAAGGAGCAGUUUCCACUUAUCGCAAGCCACAGAUAACUCUGUACCUUUUAUUUCCACCAGUUACCAUUUGCAUACCUUUGUGUUCAGUUGCUUGGUCAUGUCCUACUCUUUGCGACCCCAUGGACUGUAGCCCACCAGGCGCCUCUGUUCAUGGGAUUUCCUAGGCAAGAAUACUGGAGUGGUUUGCCAUUUCCUCCUCCAGGGGAUCUUCGUGACCCAGGGAUCGAACCCAAGUCUCCUGUGUCUCUUGUAUUAGCAGGCAGAGUCUUUACCACUGAGUCACCUAGGAAGCCCUUAAGUUGCCAUUUGGGGGUCCUUUAUGGAGUUGUUGUUUUCCUACAAUGAAAAGAACAUAAAUCUCCUUGAUUUUCAUAGCAACACAAUGUUUUGUCUUGCCAACGUCCAAAUGGAAAGUAAUAGAUCUAGAAAAUUGCAACGGCCCCCAGCAGUUCUUACUCUGCAUUGAUUUCCUUUCAGAACCAGUAACACUGAUCUCUCCCAUUGCAUCGACUACAGGAUAUAUCCUCUGCAUGGCAAGGGCACCUUGGGAGAAGUUACAGAUGGCUGACACCCUUUCUCUAGCAUUCGUUUCCAGAAGGGGGCUGGUCAGUGAUUCUGAGGGCUCUGUGCCUAGCACAACAACACUAAAUAGAAAACAAACAGAAAAAGAGGCAUGGUUCCUACUAUUACCCUGAGAACAAUGCCAUUGCUCAGUACAGGUCAUGCCCAGUCUCAGGGAUCAGAGUGGCCCCAAAGAAGCCAGCAUGAGAAUGACUAGAUCUCCUGGGGCCAUAUUGCCUUACUUCUUCUUACCUCUUGGAUCUAACCCUAGUGGGCCAUGGACGUUCUUUUUGGCUUGCAACCUUUAUUUCAACCUGGCUUUCAAGGCUUUUAUUUCACCAGCCUAUUUCAGCUUUAUUUCCCCCCAUACUUCAUUUAUCGACCACUCAUGCUGUUGCAGAAAGAAAUUGGACCUGGAUCCAGAACUUGGUUUGACCUCUGAUUCUGCUGCUCCCGAGCUGUGUGGCCUUGAGCACAUUACACACCUUCACUGGGCUUGUUUUCUCAUCUGUAGGUGUGAUCCUCUCUACCUCACAGAGUUGACGCGAGAGUUAAAUCCACCAAGAAUGUCAGGGUGUCUCAGAUCUUAUCUUUAGCCACCCUAAUGGCCAUAAGAGGGUCUCCACACCAAGGAGGGCCUUCUGGAGGCAGUUGUGAUUUCUUAGAAUUUGUAUUCUUUUUUAUCUUAAGAAAAAUCUAUGUGUAUUUUGUAUUUUUUAGAUUGAUUUUAAUAAUAAAUGUUUUUCUGCAAAAGCA